UGGCCCCAGGAGGGAAGUUCCCUGUAAAUUCCAACCACAUCUCCCUGGCAGGCAGGGACCAGCAGCAACCCCGGAAAUCAGCACGAUGAAGCUGUUCACCAGUCUCAUGUUCUGCUCCUUGGUGCUGGGGGUCAGCCGCCAAAGCUGGUUUUCGUUCCCCAGGAAAGCUGCGCAAGGGGCCAGGGACUCGCGGGUUGCAUAUCCUGAUACAAUGGAAACGUAUUAUGGAAAUUCAGACAACUACUUUCAUACUCGAGGGAACUACGACGUUCUGCACAGGACACCUAAGGACGCAUGGGCUGCAGAAGUGAUCAGAGAUUACAGAGAGAAUUCUCAGAGAGUCACAGACUUCUUUAAUUUUGUAGACAGCGGCCAUGGCAUGGACUCAAGGGCUGACCAGGCUGCCAAUGAAUGGGGCAGGAGUGGCGAAGACCCCAAUCACUUUCAACCUGCUGGUCUGCCUGGGAAGUACUGAGCAUCCUCUGAGGACAGGAAAACAGAGUUAUUAAGUUCUGGGUCCACAAAUGCUAGUAAGGGUGUAUCACAGGUGCUGAAUAAAUG